CCCGCGGCAGCGCCUUUCCCCUCCCGCCAGGUGCCGCGGCGCAGGCGGCCGGUUGCUGCGCCGGGCCGCGGUCGGCGCCCCCUCCCCGCAGCAGCAGCUGCCGCCGCUACCACCAACAGCACCUCCUGAGGGGCUUCGCCCCCUGCUCGCCGCGGCCGUUCUCCGUGAGCGCAACCCGAGCCAUGCUGCUCCUGGUAGUCGCAUUCAUCGUGGCCUUCGUCCUCCUCCUCUACAUGGUGUCGCCGCUCAUCAGCCCCAAGCCUCUCAAGCUGCCCGGCGCUCACGUCGUGGUAACUGGAGGCUCCAGUGGAAUUGGAAAAUGUAUUGCUAUUGAAUGUUAUAAGCAAGGUGCUUUCAUAACACUGAUUGCAAGGGAUGAGAACAAGCUGUUGCAGACAAAGAAGGAAAUAGAAAAGUAUUCUGUUAAUGACAAGCAGGUUGUACUGUGUAUAUCUGUUGAUGUAUCUAAAGACUACGAGCAGGUGGAGAAUGUUCUAAAACAGGCUCAGGAGAAGCUGGGACCAGUUGAUAUGCUUGUAAACUGUGCGGGAACAUCAGUUACAGGAAAAUUUGAGGAUAUUGAAGUGAAUUCUUUUGAAAGAUUAAUGGCCGUCAAUUAUCUGGGUAGUGUUUACCCAAGUCGAGCAGUAAUCGCUACCAUGAAGGAACGAAGAAUGGGAAGAAUUGUGUUUGUAUCAUCUCAGGCUGGGCAAUUAGGCCUGUUUGGUUAUACAGCUUAUUCACCGACAAAAUUUGCUCUUCGAGGGUUGGCUGAAGCCCUGCAAAUGGAGGUAAAACCUUAUAAUAUCUACAUAACGGUGGCCUAUCCUCCAGAUACUGACACACCUGGCUUUGCAGAAGAAAGUAAAACAAAGCCCUUAGAGACGAAGCUAAUUUCUGAGACCUCAUCUGUUUGCCAAGCAGAACAAGUCGCCAGAGUUAUAGUCAAAGAUGCUAUACAAGGGAACUUCAACAGCUCAGUUGGAUCAGAUGGUUACAUGCUAUCAAUAUUGACAAGUGGAAUGUCACCAGUCACCUCUAUUACUGAAGGUCUUCAGCAGGUUGUUUGCAUGGGCAUUUUUCGCAUUGUUGGCCUAUUUUACCUAGGAAGUUUUGACAGCAUAGUUCGUCGCUGCAUGAUGCAAAGGGAAAAAUCUGAAAAUGCAGAUAAAACUGAGUAAUCUUUACUUUGACUUGAAAGAAGAAUGUCAAACAGUCCUGGACAGCUUGCUGCUUAAGUGGGACUCAGUUUUUCUCCUGAAGGAUUUAGAUUGGAAGUACUUGCGUAUGUGACAGAUGAGUCCCCUCAAAAGCUAUGAAAGAAAACAAAGUACAACUCCAGAAAAUGCCAAACUAUGCAAAAGUGUGAAUGAGGAUUAGAUUCUUUUUCUGAUGAUUUGAGUUGGAGAGAAUUUGGGGAACUUGUAAGUGAUCUGCAGAGUAGAAUUUGAGAAUGGACUAUGUGCGGUAAUUCUGGACAAAUGCUUUAAGUUUUCUCACUUUGGUGCUUAUGGAUAAAGUAAGUACCACGACAGGCUGGGCUGAAGUAGAUUGAAGUCCCCUGAACAAGCUGGUACCUUUUGCUAAUGUUUUGGGACUUUUUAAUUUAGAAUGUUAACUUUUCCUUUGGCCAGUCUACAGAUCCUUCUGUCAAUGACAGCUUUCAUGGUUCUGUCCAACAUGUAAUUGUGGAAACCUUAAGAUGGCAGAUAGAUUUGUAUGAUCCAAGCUUUCUCAGUUUGGGAGUAAUUAAAAAGUAUGAUUUAAUAUGUGCAUACUUUCUAAAGGGAGAUGAAGAACCCAUUCCCACAGAGAAAUGCUGAGAGAUGUGAUUGGGUCUGUAGCUCUUCUGGCCUUUGAAGUACAUUGUGAACAACAAAAAAAAAAAUCAAACCAGUAUCAAGUGUGUUGAUUAAGACUUUCAGCAUUUUAAGCCAUUGAAAUGAUGUACAAUUUUUACAGACACUUACUUUAUCUGCCAGUUUUUGCUCUGAAAAGGAAAGUAGCGUAUUGCUGCUGUUAUGCACAUUAUUUUUCAAAGCUGCAAAUGAUGAGCCAAACCAGUAGUCGAUGAUGAAUCAAUUGUAAUUAAAAUGCCAGGCUCUUCCAGUAGCAGGAAUGUAGCUUUUUGGGGCGUGUAGGGGUCAUGAGGGAGAGGGGAGUGUGUCAGAAUGAUAUUCCACGCUUAAUUUUAUGACUACAUGGAAAGACUUUAACAUGACAAGAAAUUUAUUUAAAAUACUCUCCUUCUAUGCCCCACUUCUAAUUUGUUUCAUUUACAUUAUAUGAAACAAGGCUGCUCAGUAACUGCUUCAGAAUACACAAACCCAGUGGUUGUUUCUAAUAAAUCUUAACACUGAAAAAGCUUGAUGCAUAACAAUGAUGUUUUAAGGGUGCACUAUAUAUACUGUUUAUUUAAUGGACCACUAUAGCAAGUGCCUUGUGAGCUGCAUUUUUUUUUUUCCGAAAAGCUGCAUAUUUUGUGUUUGUUAGAAGUGCUGUGUUUUCAAUGUCAUAAUUUCCAUUUUCAGUCAAUCUGAAUUUAAAAUUACUUGUAAAACUGGACACUUUCACUUCCUUGCAAGUAGUAUGUCUCAACAAAAUAGGCAAAAUGGAUUGCUCUUGUUAAGAUACUCUCUGCAUCUAUUUAAGAAGCAUUCAAUUAAACUGAAAUGAAAAAUAAUAGGUGGUUAACUGGAAAAAUCUUUAAAAUGUAAUUUACUGAGGGUUUUUUUCCCUUUCUGAAUUCAGUUGAUUACUUUUCAAAUUCUCUUCACAUAGACUAAACUUGCUUUGAAACCUGGUUUACAAACAUUUCUUGGGGAGAAUCACAUUGGCACUCAUUUUAAGUGGUUAGACUUUAAUUAGAUUGCAAACUUGAGGCAUUGUUGAGUUCUUCGCAAAGCCUACGUUUUAGGUCCUGCUUCCUGAUUUUGUUUAGAUGUGAAGUUGUGCAUGCCUAUAAUAUAAUAGUAAUUUUGAGAAUAGAGUGUAUUCCUGCAUUUUUAAACAGCUGGGCUUCAGUGCAAAGAAAUCUAGUGUGCAUAUGUGUGUUCUGUGCUGCUUAAUGUGAGUGACAUAAUGGAGCAUUUAUCAGACAUCCAUUGCCAACAUUGCUAUGUUUCUUAAAGCAACAUAACGAUGCUAUUUGGACCCUAUUGUCUACGUUAAUUCUUAUUUUCAUGCAAAUCAAAUACUCCUUUGACCACCUACAAAAGCUACCAAAAUGAGUGAAUCAGUUAUGUUGUAGUUUGAGGGGGAAAAAAAAAAUAUUUAAAAAAUGUUUAUGUAAAUGACAUCAACACAAGCUUGAAGGUCAGGACUUAAAACCAGUAAGACUUUGGAUACUUGAAUUUUUGGAUCUUCGACUUGGAAUGUUAAAGAGUUUGCAUAGAGGAAACAAAAUCCAGAAGGUCAGAGCACAUACAAGACACUAUGGCAGCUGGGUCUCUUCAAAUAUUUCAGGUUGGACAUCUUAGAUCGCUAAUCACUCUUUCUUGACUGAAGAGUCCUCCAAGCAAUUCCCGAUCUGAUUCAGCACGAGUAUCUGUGAAGGUGGAAUAAGAAUCCUGGGUGAAAGUUGUGGCCCUGAUAUGCAGAGACUUCAGUUCACACCUAACUUUGCAUAUAAGUGUCUGUAUUGACAAGUAAAACUGUAGGUUGAGCCCCUCAGCAGUUGUGGAAACUGGAACAAGGCAAGUUUUUUGAAGGAACAAGUAAAGAAUAAUCUUUUAAAAUGUUCUAGUUUCUGCUGUUGCAAAUUAAUGCAGUUAAAAUUAACUGAUAAACUUUUCAGCUGUUUUAUUGUCAAAAUAUAGUGAAUUUGUCAACUACAGCAACGUUUGGUGUAGAUUUGUUUUCUUAUGCACAUUCUCUAUCUACCAAUGUACUCAUUUUAAGAUCCAAUAUUAAGUGAAGGAGAUGCCUUAUAAUCUUGUGGGAAAAUGUUUAGCAGCUGAAAAACUAUUUUGCCGGUUUAAAUGUUAUGAAACCUCUGCGUUGAAAUGUUUUAGCAGUGUAUUUAGAUCUGUGAAGAACUUCAGAUAGGCUUUAUUACUUUUUGUCAAAUUGUCGAUAAUUUAAUCACUUGUGCCAUAUCAGUUGGUGUCUUGUCUCUUGUUUUCUUGGUCAAUCUUUAAGACUCAGUUUAGGCUUUGAUAGUCUUUUCCAUUCCAUGUAGUUUCUAAUGGCCAUCCACUUUAAUUAUGGAUUUAUUGUAACUUUACAUAUAGUUUACUUCACCAAGAUGUUCAUGUGCAAUUUAAAUAGAUUUAAUAUUUUACUAAGAAAAAAAUAUAGGUAGAUAAACUUUAUUUGCUGUGAAAAACUAGGCACUUUUAAAUGGUAAAAAUAUAUAGCAUUAUUUGUAAAAAGAAACUUUGUGCUUAUUGCUUCAUCAUUUUUGUGCCAGAAAUGUAAACUAGUUUUCAUAUUUUAUAUUUCUCAAAAUAAAUGGAGAAUCAACCAA